GAGGCCUCCAAGCCCUCACGGUCACACUGGCUCGGGCUGACUUGAGACGGGCAGCACCUCCUUCCAAUCCCAGGACGUGACAGCUCCCACAGCUGCUUUCGAGGUCUGGCCAUUUGGGGCAGCUGUGCAGUGAGAGAAACUUGGCCUGUUGGCCUAGGUGCUCCAGAACUCUCCCCCAAGUAGGUACGUGCACAGCUGCUGCUGCUGCUGGCUAGCCUAGACUUUGCUUUUCUUGCUCCCCUUUUGGCGCUGCAAAACGCCUCCCUCCCAGCACUUGGGGCACCUUUUCCUUUCCCACCUCCUGGGACUUGGCUGGAGGCAGCUCGGGUUUCUUCGCACCCACCCACCCCCACCCCCCCCAGCCAGCACAUAGCUGUCAACGUUUCCCCUUUUUUUUUAAGGAAUGGGUUUCCUCGCAAGAAAAUGGAAAAGUUGACAGCUAUGAGCCAGCAAUGUCCGCUUUUUAAUGCUUGGGUUUGAGAGUUAAAUUCCUGCAGUCAUGUGAGCCCAGUCUCAUGAUCCUGUUUCCCCUUCUUGUUUCCUAUCUAAUCGUCCCACCGGAAGGGGAAAAAUAUUUUCUGCAGCUUUCCUGUGGUUGUUUACAGCAGGGUUGGGGGUCCCCUCUUCAGCCCCUGCCCCAUUCACUUCUAGGCAGGGUUCGGGAGCAGAGGAGCCGUCACCAAAGAGUCAUGUGGAGGAAACGUCAGAAAUGCUGCCUUUUCACUUGUUGCUUCUUUGCCUUUAGUGUUUGUUACCGGGAAAUUGGAAGAGGUGUGAGAGACCUUCCCAACCCCCCACCAGAGCCUUGCCUCUCCGUACUAUGAGGCAAAGACAAAAAGCCCCUGCUGCAUAUUACCAAAUGUAGCAAUGCACUGAUAAAUGAAUUGAUCAAUAAAGAUCAGGCCUUCUGGCAGGACAGAGGAAGGGGGUAAGGGAGGUGAGGUCAGCCCCGGGUGUCACCACUGAGGGGGUGACAAAAUGCCGGGCGGCACUCACCGGGGGCCUGCAGUGUGCCCGAGCCACGCGGUGGCUUGGGCGCGGGCAGGCUCCACGCUGCCCAAAUGGUCCACACACUGCCUCCCCCCCCCCCCAGCUGUAGGGCGGCUGAGUAGGAGGAGGCAGGCAGUCUCCGGAGGCCCCGCUGUGCGCCCUGAUCCUAUGGGUGGCUCACCCUGCCCCUGGGCGCGCCGCCCCAGGCACCUGAGCGGCUUCCGAGCACAAUUCAAAGUGUUGGUGCUGACCUUUAAAGCCUUAAAUGGCCUCGGUCCAGUAUACCUGAAGGAGUGUCUCCACCCCCAUCGUUCUGCCCUGAGGUCCAGCUCCGAGGGUCUUCUGGCGGUCCCCUCACUGAGAGAAGCCAAGUUACAGGGAACCAGGCAGAGGGCCUUCUUGGUAGUGGCACCCGCCCUGUGGAACGCCCUCCCACCAAAGAGAAAAACAACUACCAGACUUUUAGAAGACAUCUGAAGGCAGCCCUGUUUAGGGAAGCUUUUAAUGUUUGAUGUAUUAUGGUAUUUUAAUAUUUUGUUGGAAGCCGCUCAGAGUGGCUGGGGAAGCCCAGCCAGAUGGGUGGGAUAUAAAUAAUAAAUUAUUGUUAUAUUAUUCCUCCGCCGCUGGCCACUGGCCACUGUUUUGCUUGUGAUUUGCUUGCUGAAAUCUCUUGCUUGUGACCCCCAACUUGUUCAAUGGGAAAACUUUCGAAAUUCAUAUAAAAUCACUCCAGUGACGGAUUGUCAUCAUUCCAAUGUUGUUCUACUCAGAAGGAAAAUGGCUAGCAGGGGAGGAGUUUGGGACAUGGGAUGGGGGAGCCGUAAUCCCUGAAGGGUCCCCGUUGCCCAUUGCCUGGGUGAUAAUCGGUGGCAUCCUGGCCUGGGGCGGAAGAAGGGAGUGUGGUGGGGGUGGUCUGCCCCAGGUGUCACCACUGAGGGGGUGACAAAAUGCCGGGUGGCACCACUCACCACUGGGCUUCUAGCGCGUUCGAGCCACACAUCUCUCCUGGGAGUGACACAGUGGCUUGGGCGCCCACGGGCUCCACACUGCCCCAAACGUUCCACCCGCCGCCUCCCCCUCAGCUGUAGGGUGGCUGAGUGGGAGGAGGCAGGCAGACUCCUCAGAGGCCACACAAAGCGACCUGCCCCAGCUCGCCCCGCCUUGUGUGCUUAACCUGGUUGGGAAAACAGGAAAAUGUAAAUACUUCGUUUCACCUAAAGAUUGGAAGGUGAAGGUCAUACGAGGGACAGGACAAGCCUUGGGCUCAGGUUUCUGCCAGAAGAGCCCUCCCAAUUUAUGACAUAGUUAUGACAAAUGUAUGAUGUUUUACUAAGGGGGUUAUGGGUAAUUUGGGACAUUUUUAAAAGGGGGGGAGCUAUCCUUUGUUCGGGGCUUCUCUCUGCUUCUUUAAGUGGUAGUGGGAAGUCUUGUUGCAACAAUAAAGAUCAGGCCUACUGGCCGCAGUUUUGCUUCGAUCUCUUGGCUGAAGUCUUUUAUUUGUGACCCCCAACCUGAACCUACAGGAGCCAAGGUUAGGUGAUUGUGGGGUGCUCUAAUAAUAAUAAUAAUAAUAAUAAUAAUAAUAAUAAUAAUAAUAUAAUUUAUUAUUUAUACCCCGCCCAUCUGGCUGGGUUUCCCCAGCCACUCUGGGCGGCUUCCAACAGAACACCAAAAUACAAUAACCUAUUAAACAUUAAAAGCUUCCCUAAACAGGGCUGCCUUCAGAUGUCUUCUAAUAGUCUGGUAGUUGUUUUUCUCUUUGACAUCUGGUGGGAGGGCAUUCCACAGGGAGGGCGCCACUACCAAGAAGGCCCUCUGCCUGGUUCCCUGUAGCUUCGCUUCUCACAGUGAGGGAACCGCCAGAAGGCCCUCAGCACAGGACCUCAGUGUCCGGGCAGAACGAUGGAGAUGGAGACGAUCUUUCAGGUAUACUGGACUGAGGCCGUUUAGGGCUUUAAAGGUCAGCACCAAUACUUUGAAUUGUGCUCAGAAAUGUUCUGACUCCCUUUUACAAGUUCACCUUGUGAUUUCCCCUCUACGUUCCUUAAACCUGCAUGUCCUCUCCCUUAGGAAGCUGGUCCUUUCCUGCAAGUAGCAACCGAUCCCCGGAACAGCUGCUGCCAUGACCUCGGUCCGCGAAGUCUCCAGCAUUGCCGAAGACCUGCUGUGCCCUGUCUGCCUCUCCAUCUUCCAGGACCCCCGCAUGCUGGUCUGCGGGCACAACUUCUGCCUCUCCUGCUUGGAGAGCUGCGUUGUCCCAAAGGGGCAGCACCAGGGAACGUGCCCUGAGUGCCGGGAUACCUUUGACCUGAAAGAUGCCGCCCGCAACAGGGUCCUGGCCAACUUGUCUGAGAAGGCCCGGCUCCUCCGGCUGGAGCAGGGGCCCCCGUCGGGUGGGACUGGGAGCUCGUACUUUUGCGAGGAGCACGAAGAGCCUCUCAAGCUCUUCUGCAGCCAGGAUGAGGCCCCUGUCUGUGUGAUCUGCCGGGAUCUGCCUCAGCACCAGGGCCAUAGCUUUUUGCCUAUCAAGAAUGCUGUCACAGGUUUUCAGGUAGGAGCCUAAGGAUGCUUGAGUUUCUGUGGGCAGACCUUAGGUUGUUGGGAUUCACUUUGCACUGUCCUAGAACGCCCAAGUUUCACCAGCCGGAACCAGGUACAAAAGAGGGGCUGUGUUUUCUUUCUUUUCUUUUUUUCAAAAUUUAUUUAUUUGGUUUUUCAGAUUUAAAUUUUACAGUCACGUGUCCAACAUACAACAUAAAAACAAGAUUCCAAGGGAUCUCUUGGACUGGCUCCUCCUCCCCAUUGUGGGUCCUAUUGUUAUCCAUUUCCCCCUGCAUCUUUUAUAAUAAUCCAAAUCUUCUGUCUCCCCAUUGUAUCCAGAAUUCACCAAUAAACUACAACUGAUAUUCCAAUCCUACUAACGAUUUUAACUACAGUGGUACCUCGGGUUACAUACGCUUCAGUUUACAUACGCUUCAGGUUACAGACUCCGCUAACCCAGAAAUAAUACCUCGGGUUAAGAACUUUACCUCAGGAUGAGAACAGAAAUCGCAUGGCGGCAGUGGGAGGCCCAAUUAGCUAAAGUGGUGCUUCAGGUUAAGAACAGUUUCAGGUUAAGUACGGUCCUCCAGAACGAAUUAAGUACUUAACCUGAGGUACCACUGUAGUUUACAGUGGUAUUUUAAGAUGUUAGGGAAAAAAUCCCAUUUCUUGUUAAAAUUUUGGUCUUCCUGAUUUCUUAUUCUUCCGGUCAUUUUAGCCAUUUCGGCAUAAUCCAUCAACUUGAUUGUCAUUCUUCUCUGGUAGGGACUUCAUCUUCUUUCCAUCCGUGCUUUCUUGGUGGGUGGGCAACCUGCUCAUAGAAUUAGGGAAGUGAGCACCUCUGAGCACAUGCUCAGCUCGGGGAUUUGUUUUCCCUUGGGGAAGGGUCGUCGCUCAGUGGUUAGAGCAGUGUUUCUCAGCCUUGAGUCCCCAGCUGUUUUUGACUACAACUCCCAUCACCCCUGACCACUGGUCCUGCUAGCUAGGUACGAUGGGAGUUGUAGUCCCACAACAACUGGGGAGCCAAGGUUGAGAAACCCUGGGUUAGAGCAUCCGCUUUGCCCACAGAAGGUCCCAUGUUCAAUCCCCAGAAUCUCUAGGUAGGACUAGGAGAAACUCCUGCCUGAAGCCCCCAAGAGCUUCUGCCAGUCAGUGCUGGCAGUGCUGAGCUAACUGGACCAAUGGCGUGACUCGGGAUAAGCUGCCUUCCUAACCUAACCCGUGGUCCUGUCACACACAAAACCUGCUAUUCUGCAAAAGCAGCUGGAUGGGAUGGGAUAGGAGUCACAACAGGUGGGUCAGUGCUGGGAGGGAGAGGGUCAAGGCAGCCUUGGAUGUCAGUGCAGUGCGAAUGCAGCAGCGGAGUCACUCUGUGCUCCAGUUUGCACUGCGCCAACUUCUCCACUGCCUUGCCUCUCCGUCCUGGUAAGCAGCAGCGACCCACCUACCAGGAAGCUAGUGUAGCAGCUGUGCUCCACUUCUGCCCUUCUCAAGUAUACAGACUAUUCAUGCCUUGCCCCUACCUAGCCAUGGGGGAAAUUGUAUUUCAGAAGUAAGUGUGCCUGGGUACACAAGUGAACUAUCCUGGGAGAUUCUGGUCUUCUGCUCUUAAACGUAUUCCGACCCCGCCUCUAAUUUUUGUUAGGGUUUCAUUUUCUUUGCUUUUGCUUGUUUUUAACGACAUUUUUAUUCUAAUCUGCCAUGAGCUGCUUAGAGAAGGCAAAAUAUAUAACAUCAUAGUAAUCAUCAUCAUCAUAAUUCAUUAUUUAUACCCCGCCCAUCUGGCUGAGCUUCCCCAGCCACUCUGGGUGGCUUCCAACAAAAUAUUAAAAUACAGUAAUGCAUCGAACAUUAAAAGCUUCCCUAAAGAGGGCUGCCUUCAGAUGUCUUCUAAAAGUCUGGUAGUUGUUGUUCUCUUGGACAUCUGGUGGGAGGGCGUUCCACAGGGCGGGCACCACUACCGAGAAGGCCCUCUGCCUGGUUCCCUGUAACUUGGCUUCUUUCAGUGAGGGAACCGCCAGAAGGCCCUCAGCGCUGGACCUCAGUGUCCAGGUAGAACGAUGGGGGUGGAGACGCUCCUUCAGAUAUACUGGACCGAGGCUGAGGCCGAUCAAAGAGGUGGUGUCAGACAAAUCCCUCCUGUAGUUAGCAGGGAUUUGGCCAUACAGUCGUACCUUGGAUCCCGAACGCCUUGAUACUUGGACGUUUUGGCUCCUGAACACUGCAACCCCGGAAGUGAGUGUUCCAGUUUGCAAACAUUCUUUGGAACCCGAACAUCCAACGGGGCUUCCGCGGCUUCCAAUUGGCUGCAGGAGCUUCCUGCAGCCAAUCAGAAGCAGCACUUUGGUUUCUGAACAUUUUGGUAGUCAAAUGGACUUCCAGAACAGAUUCCGUUCGACUUCCAAUGUACGACUGUAUUAAAUUGUUCUACCGGAGGCUUGUUCACACAUUACGGGUGUUUAUGUGAGAGAGUGUACACAUGGCGAUUUAUACAGCUGCAUUGCUGCGUACACAGAACGUGCACAGGUAACUGUCAGCAAGUGUACAGUUCAACUAUUUGUGCACACAAAUUGUGCACUGAUUGACUGUAACAUGUGAACAUUCAUACUGACUUGAGCAUUCUAGACCCCACUGCUUCGUAUUUUGCCCAGCAUAUCAGCACCAAACUAGGCAUGGGAUUUCCCACAGCUGCCACCACCAGAACUAAUAGAUGGAGAUGGGCAAUUUUAAUUGGGGAUGCAGCUCAGAGGGAAAAGGUCAAAUAUCCCGUCCUCGUGUGCUGCAGUCCCAGUAAAAUCUGUGAGGUCCUGUUCCUGCCACCACUUACUUAAUGAAUAUCCUGGGGCAAUCCUGUAACUGGAACUGCCAGGGGUCAACCUUGGGACUCAUCAUGCCUGCACAGCCUAUGUUCUUAUCGGAGAGUGACACACCCUCCCUCUGGGAUAGCCAUAAGUUUUAUCUCUCUGGCAGCAGAAUAGUGCAGGGUGGAUAAACAAAUAGAACCAAGGCUUCGAAGUCUGAGUGCAGUUGUCCACGUAUGCAAACACGGAUAGAUAUUGCAUGUUGGUUUGCUGUAUCCCAGCCAGAUUUUAGGCUGCAGAUCUCUAGCGCAGCCAAGUUUACGGUGCGGCGCAACAUUCAAGCCCCGAAGUGGCUUUUCCAAACCCCUCUCUAUUUUUUAAAAUUUUUUUAUUAGUUUUGCAUUUAAUAAUAUAUGUUCACAUUGAUAUUGUCCACUUUACAGCUCUGGCUCAUUUCAUGAAGUCGAGUGAGUGCACUGGCAAAGGAGCAAAAGAAGCUGCCUUAUAGAGAGUCAGAUAAUUAGUCCAUCUAACUCAGUAUUGGCAGUGACUGCCAGGGUUUCACAGAACCGUAGUGUUGGAAGGCCCCCAAUGGUCAUCUAGUCCAAUCCCCUCUCUCCCCUUUCCCCGCUCAAAACAGCUCCCAUGCAUUACCUGUUGUUUAACCCUGAAUGUGUGUAUGGACUCUAAAGAUAAAUAUUUUCUGAGACGCAAUCUGUGGCAUUCAAUCUGUGAUGGUUCAUUCAUGCAUGCGGGUCAUGAUUUGGUACUGUUGGUGUAGACAUCAAUGAAUGGACAGGCAUGCGCCAACCAGUCUUGUAAAAGGCAGGGGGCGUGAUUCAAGCAUGUUUCUGCCAAAAUAAAUCCCACUGGAUCCAAGGUGCCAUGUCGUAAGGUUGCUUAGGGUUACAACCUUUGAAUACUUCCCAGAAAGAGCAUGUUAGAACAGGGAGGUGGGAGGGGGAAGAGACCAGUAACCUUUUGCUUGGGUCUAUUCAUUUUUCUCUCCAGAUCUUUUGCACGGUUGUUUGUGUAUUCCCAAUUUUAUUUGUGCAUUUAUUCAGGAUAAACUGAAAGCAUCUCUGGAACCCCUGGAGAAUGGGGUGAAGUGGGCCAUAAAUAAUCAGUCUCAACAGCAGGAGGCCAUGGAAGAACUGGAGGUAAAUUUUAAAAGGAGUAUGAGAGAGGAAAUCAUAGAACGUUGUAGCUUGAAGAAACAGGCUCCUAGGCAGGAGGAAAGCAGACUACAGAAAAGUCUCAGGUGUUGUUUAUACGUGAUGCGAUGGCUUAGUAAACCAUGGCUUAGUGUUAUGUGUGAACUCUGCCCAGCAACAUAAUUAUGGCUUGUUUACUGCCAGCAAACCACAAUCUGAAGCCGUGGUUCUUGGCUUAUAAAUCUUGGCUUGUUUUAACUAUGGCUUGGUGUUACAUGUGAACCCAGCUAGCAGUCUUCCUUAACUAUGGUUUGUUUAACUCGGCACUGAGGUUAGGACCUUCUCUGUGCCACAAAUUCAGCAACUAAUUCAGACAUCUUGUUAUCUGUGAACGAAAGGCCUGUCAGCCGCAAGCGUAACUUCAGCUCUCUGUGAUUCACUGUAGAAUCUCAAUCAACACCUGUGUGGCUGCAUCUUCAUUGCGUUUGAGGAACUGCGUGAAAUCCUCAACGAGAGAGAGCAGAACAUGAUGGAAACGGUUAGGCAGAUGAAGGAGGAGAACCAGGCAGAAAUGGAGAGAAGACUGGAAUAUCUGAGAGCCUUCAGCUCAGCUCACACAGAGACCAUAUCUGGGAUCGAAGCUGCCUUGGCGGAAACCAACGAAUUUGCCUUCUUGAAGGUGAGUCUUGGUGCUUCCCAGUCCCUUUUCUUUUUAAAGAUUGAAUAACAGAUGUGCAGUUGCCAGUGUCUUGCCUCUGUUCCAGAUGUUCUCAUUUAAGGAAACUGCUUGAGUUUAGGGCUGGGGUAAGGAACUGGACCCAGCUACCUCACCCACCCCAGGCCAUUUUGACAGGGGUGGUGGCUACCUUUCGAUAUGGAUUAGCUACCAAACCAGGUUCAGAGUUAUCGUGUCAAUUCACAAAUCCCUAAAAACAACAUGGGGCUAGUAUACCUUAAGGACCAGCUGGUUCCUUACGCUCCACUUUGAUCACUGAGAUCUUCUGAUGGGGCACUUUUGGUGGUCCUCCACUCCCACCAGGUAGUGUGGUUGCUGACCUUGAGCCAGACAUCAUGGAGAGUGAAGUCAAAUGGGCCUUAGAAGACAGGAGUGCCUGGCAUGCUCUGGUCCAUGGGGUCACGAAGAGUCAGACACAACUAAAUGACUAAACAACAAUACUCCCCUGAAAUCUGGCCAGCCUUUACCCAGGACAGAAGCUUCUGUGUGGAACUCCUGGCCUAUAGAAGUCCGUCAGGAUCCAUCCCUGCUCUCUUUGAGACGUCGUUUAAAAAUGAUACUGUUCAGAAGGCCCUUUGGAACCCGAAAUUUUCCGCAACCAGUUUUCUAUUGACAUAGGUGUAUUGUGUUUUAACUGCUAUAUUUUCUAUGGAAGUGUGGUUUAUAAAUAUUUAAGUCUAUCUAUCUAUCAUCUAUCUAUCUAUCAUCUAUCUAUCUACAGUGGUGCCUCGCAAGACGAAAUUAAUCCGUUCCGCGAGAGUCUUCGUCUAGCGGUUUUUUCGUCUUGCGAAGCAAGCCCAUUGACGGAUUAGCGCUAUUAGCGCUAUUAGCGGUUUAGCGGCUAUUAAAGGCUUAAAGGCUUAGGGGAUUAGCUGCUAAAAGGCUAUUAAAGGCUAUUAAAGGCUUAGCAGAUUAGAUAAAGGGGGAAAGCGAAAAAAAUCUCAAGACUCGCAAGGUAUUUUCGUCUUGCGAAGCAAGCCCAUAGGGGAAUUCGUCCUGCGAAGCAACUUCAAAACGGAAAACCCUUUCGUCUAGCGGUUUUUCCGUCUUGCGAGGCAUUCGUCUUGCGGGGCACCACUGUAUCUAUCUAUCAUCUAUCUAUCAUCUAUCUAUCUAUCUAUCUAUCUAUCUAUCUAUCUAUCGUUGUCAGCCGAUUCAUCACAGAGUUACAGAGCCCAGCACGUUUAACAAACUACAGUUCCCAAGAUUCUUUGGAGAAAGCCAUGACUGUUAAAGUGGUUUAGGAGUGCUCUAAAUGUUUGGUUCGAUGUGACCCCUUUGCAGUUAACUUGACAUUAUUAACCGGGGGUUAGCACCUCCUGACAGUUCAUUGUGCCCUAAUCUUCCCUGCCACCAGAUUGAUGAAUUCGGGUUGACUGUUCUGUAAAGAGGGGUUGAUGGUCUAGUUGGCUGAAGCUGUGCAAACUUGCUUUGGCAGGCGGUUCCAACCUUGUUUGUUUCUUUUCCCCUCCAGGGAGUCAAGGAACUGACAGGAAGGUGAGUAUCAGCAUUGCUCUGUAUAUAGACAUUGGCUCUGAUCCUAUUGCCUCCAUGUGUGAGGACUUGAAGGGUUAUCAAACACUCACCUAGAAGUUUUAUGGAUUCCAGUGGGACUCCACCAACAGCUACCUAGGCUGGUCAAACUCUGACAAUUUUAACAAUUGUUCCUGUUGAUCAGUAGUCCCAUGCCCCGCCCCCAACUAUUUCUCCUGCAGUGUUUUUAGCAGAGUAAAGAUAAAAUCAGCCGUGCUCAUGGUAAAUACCAUUCCACUUUGAAAUUUGCUGCUUUGGGGCAUAAUCCAGAGAAAGUUACAUAUAGCCUUAUAACCUGUUGAUUGUGCCACUAAACCCGUCAAUUUCUAUGGUUCAUCUGCAUGCCUGGCUUUCUUGGGAAUCUACCCUGCAGCACUAAUGAACAGUGUAGAGAUUCUGUGUAUGAUACUUGUAUAAUAUUUGUCUCUGUGUUAAAUGAGGAAACAUUUAGUCAAAAUUAAGCUCUCUUUAAAAACCUUUUGCAGUCAGUGGGAAAGAGUAGCAGACCAACCCUAUGAAUGUGUGUGUAGGCUGAUUAAUAUUCUACAGCCUUGUAAAUAUGUUUGUGGGAGGGCAGUUAUUGUAUAUUGUCAUUUCUGUUUAUUUGUGCUUUUAUCUUGUGAACCGCCCUGAGAUCUGUUGAUGAAGAGCAGUAUAUAAACCUAAUAAACAAAAUAAAUAAAAUAAAUGUCUGCAUAUGCUUUUGAAUGCAGAUUACAUUUUGCAUUUGUAGGCCGUAGAAUUGGAAGGGGCCUUGGGCGUCAUCUGUUCCAACCUGUGGGAAUGUUCAGGGAGGCAGGAGAGGUUAUAUUGUUUACUUAUAUCCUUCCCAACUUGUGUUAACAAGUUCUAUGAUUUAGCAGAGUAACAGUCUCCUUUUAAACUUUCACAGUGGAUAGGUUUGCCAGGCUUGUAUAAGCCUCUAAAAUAAGUUUCCUGAUAAUUCCCCUUUAUUCCCUCAUAAAAAGAAUAGACACGACACAGUCUUGUAUUAAAGUAUAUAAAAUUGUUUACUCACAUUCUGUUCACAGAAGGAUCCCAGAAGGCAGACUUAGGUUACAAAAAAUAUUCACGUGGAAUCUAUCCCAUAAGGAGAUAGUUCCUUUGUCCUCUCUUGGCUAAAAGCCAAGAGGUCAUCUCAGGCUAAGAUGUUUCUUCUUCGAGGAAUGGAGUCAGAGAGAGAGAUGACUGCCUCCCCUGUGCUAUUUUGUUACCUGCACAGGUGAGGGUCACACCCACCUCUGGUCACAUGUAGAGGAAGUUUGUCCCAGCCCAGGAGGAAACAAGAAGUUCCGACUGGCUGGUCCAGAUAUCCCUUUUUUAUGUGCACUCUAGGAAUGUUGCAUUUGACUGCUCUGUGUUUCACACCCCACACAACCACCGCUGCUCAGUGCAGGAUCUGCAAUGCAGGAUAUAACCAAGGUAUCCCUGACAAGUGGCUUGUCCAGCUUCUCCUCAAUACCUCCAAUAAAGGAGAGUUCAUUCCCUCCCAAGGUAACAGGGCUGCACAAUUUAUUCCAUCUAUUUAGCCCAUUAGGCAUACAGUCGUACCUUGGAAGUCAAACGGAAUCCAUUCCGGAAGUCCAUUUGACUUCCAAGACAUUCGGAAACCAAGUCGCGGCUUCUGAUUGGCUGCAGGAAGCUCCCACAGCCAAUCAGAAGCUGCGAAAUCUCCAUUGGACGUUUGGCUUCCGACGGAACAUUCGAAAACCGGAACACUCACUUCCGGGUUUGCAGCAUUCGGGAGCCAAUUUGUUUGGGAGCCAAGGCAUUCAAGAUCCAAGGUACGACUGUAUAGGAAGUCGCCUUAUCUCAUUGGGCCACCUAGUUCAAUACUUGUCACAUGAAUUUGUGUGCCAGUCAGUAAUCACGCAGUUCAAAGAUGGAGUUAAUUCUUUAUUAGCAAAAGCACACCCUCCACAGACUUGGUUGAGUUUCAGACCUAACUGUCCUUCUGGCGGUCUGCCGCCAUGGAAAUCAGUUGCCGAGACUGAAAGUCCCCACCUCCUGUCCAGGGUUCCCCCAUCAAAUAAUCAGAGACUGCAGCUGUGUGGUCAUCCUCGCCUCCGCCCUUCUCAUUCCUCUUCUGGUUCUAGGAGACCAGAGGGGAGGGGAGCUAGGUGGAUUGACUUGGCUCCCUGUGUUCCUAAUGACUGCUGAAUUGGGUUGGUCCACUGAAAAAAAAAAGAAAAAGAAAAAAUCCUCCUCCAUCUUCACCCGUUUGUCUGUGCACUUGGGAACUGCAGAGCAGCAAGGCAACAGUUGGGCAUCUUGCCAUUCCCAUAUGCUGCAUGUUAUAUAUCUAUUCCCUGUAGGAAGGUGUAGGAAAAUGCCUUGUGGCUCUUAUCAACCAGUGGGUCAGGCCAUGGCAGGAACUCAGAGGUUGUUUCCUGACCUGCUCCGCUAAACCUUUUUUAGUUGAACUUUCUGGGGAGCUGAAACCUCAACUUUUUGUACGUUUCUGAGUGCAGUUCAAAGUGUUGGUGCUGACCUUUAAAGCCCUAAACAGCCUCGGCCCAAUAUACCUGAAGGAGCGUCUCCACCCCCAUUGUUCUGCCUCAACACUGAGGUCCUCCUCCGAGGGCCUUCUGGCGGUUCCCUCGCUGUGAGAAGUGAGGUUGCAGGGAACCAGGCAGAGGGCCUUCUUGGUAGUGGCACCCACCCUGUGGAACACCCUCCCAUCAGAUGUCAAGGAAAUAAACAACUACCUGACUUUUAGAAGACAUCCGGAGGCAGACCUGUUCAGGGAAGUUUUUAAUGUUUGAUGUUUUAUUGUGUUUUUAAUAUUCUGUUGGGAGCUGCCCAGAGUGGCUGGGGAAACCCAGCCAGAUGGGCGGGGUAGAAAUAAUAAAUUAUUAUUAUUAUUACAUGCAAAUAUAUGGAACUGUGGUCUCUUCUCUCUGCAGAGUCCAGGAACGACUUAAAGAACAGGUUGACGAAACAGCCAAAGAAGCCUGCGAGGGUGGAGAAGGGGAAGAGGAAAUUAAGGAGGAAGGCAACCAAGAUGAGGAUGCUGGUGAAAAUCUGGGCAAAGGCAAGGCCGGUGGAGAUGUCACUGAUGAAGAAGAAACUUACGAAGGAGCCGAAGCCCAGGGCACAGAAGGAGAAGAUGAGGAGUGGGCCAUUGUGCCUGUCGACCCAGCUCUUGAAGAACUGGAAGAGUUGCUGGAUUUUGAUUCCUGGAAAGAGAUGCUGAGAAGCAUCAGUAUCAGGGAGACCUUUGUCCCAGACUUGCCUUGCCACUCUCCAACUCCAGAGAAAGACAUGCCCCAGCUGGAAGACAGCGAUUCCUUACCCAAAGAAGCACCUUGGCGAAGCGCUGGUUCCACUGAGGCUCCCAUUGUAGCCGAAGCCCCACCUCAACCACCACGCAGCUCAUACUUUCGCGGCUUCCAACAGAUGCCCUUUUUGGGUUCCUUUCCGCCCUUUCCUUUCGGAGGCCAGUUUGGGCCUGCACAUGGGUGGAUGUCUCAUCCCAGGCUGGGCCGUGGCCCGUUUCAAGGCAGACGAGGGCCACGUAGCCAUCCUUUUGGCCCCCGAAGGGGCCAAGGCAGAGGAUAUUAUCCGAACACACAGACAUCCCAACCCGGCGAAGGCAAAGCUUUCCCUCAGCAUCGCUGGAUGCCCCCUAGGAAUGAGCCACCCAAGGCCAGAGAAGCCCAAGUCGCGGGGCAGGGAGGGCAGGGCAAGCCGGAAAAAUCAGGUGGGGAGUCCUCAGUGACAGAGCACCCCAAACCAAGGGAGGCUCAUGGUUCCGGGCGAAUAGGAAGAGGAGGUUGGUCCAAUAAGCAGAAGACCCAAUCCAGUGCAGAUCAAAGCGGAGGUGGAUCUGUCAAGAACGAGGCUCGUGCCUCCGGUCAGGCAGGGUCGGGGCAAGGGCAAGGAUCUGCAAAGAGGCCCCCAACCCCCAACAAAGGGGGCGAAGCCUCGGGAAACAAGGGCUCUCAGAAUAAGUAUCACGGAGGUCGAGGGCGUGGUAGGGGCCGGGGUUCAGCCAAGGGCCCCCAGAACAAAUAGCUGUUUCCAUCAGAGGUGGGUGCCGUUGGACGCCGAAAGAAGGACGUAUUAAGAGAAGUGACCUUGUUUGGGGAUGUGGUUUCAUUCGUUGCACUUAUCUCUCAGCCUCGGUCCAUACUGGAGUUCAUGCGCAGGAGAGCGCUCUUGCAACAACUGCUAUGGGAAGAAGGACACGGGACUCGAGCGAGGCCUUUACUCUGGUCCACUGGCGUACUCUGGUGUGUCCAAGCCGCAUAUGAUUAGCUGGUCAACGUAGGUGAAACGAUUUAGAAACCUUUGGACUUUAGAAUGUGCCUCUGAUUAAUUGAGCAGUAGUUUUCAUUUGUUUUGUUUUUAAUGCAAUUAUGUGCGUUUCGAGUACUUGGCAACAACAAAAGGCUGGCGCUUCGUUCCUUUCCAGAAGAUGCAUUUUUCCCUAGUCUCUCUAUGGGUGGAAAGAAAUGCUUUUCCUAAAAAUAGGAAUCUUUUUUCAGCUCAGGGGCCGCAGCGUCUUUUGGGUGCAGCCUUCUGGGGGCCAGAGGCAGAAAAGUGGGCAGAGCAAUGCGUACAACUCCUCUCUCUCUCUCUCUCUCUCUCUCUCUCUCUCUCUCUCUCUCUACAUUCCAGCCACACAAAACUCAGGUCCCCCCUCCCUGCACUCGCAUUCCAUCUCUCCAUCCUCCCAUCAGGCAAGCAAGAUGUGUUAUCGCAGUUCAAAGAGGCAUUCAAAGCUGACAAAAGCAGACCGGGCGUGGAGCAAGGCAGGAGUGUGGCCUGAGAAAAGUCAUAGGUUCAUAUAAUUGAAGAGUUUGAAGGGACCCAAAGGACAUCUAGUGCACCCCCUGCAAUGCAGGAAUCUCAGCUAAAGCAUCCCUGACAGAUGGCCAUCCAACCUCUGCUUAAAAACCUCCACAUAAAGAGAGUCCACAACCUCCAGAGGGAGUCUGCUCCACAGCCGAACAGCUCUUAACUGUCAGAAAGCUCUUCUUGAUAUUUAGUCGCCAUCUACUUUCUUGUAAUCUGAAGCCAUUGGUUCAAGUCUGACCUUUCAGAGCAGGAGAAAACAAGCUUGCUCCCUCUUCCAGGUGACAGCCCUUGAGAUAUUUGAAGAUGGCUAUCCUAUCUCCUCUCAAGUCUCCUCUUUUCCUGGCUAAACAUACCCAGCUCCUUCAACCAUCACAGGCCAGAUUCUUGUUUUGGAUUGUAGACCCAGUGUGAAGUCCAAAAACCCCCUGUAGCAACCUAGGUUUGCGAAAAGGCGGUUUGUACGUGACAAACUUGAGUUGGUAGAGGGUCUGGCUCAUUGGGAAUGCUGUGUGUUUUCCGUUUUCCUUUUUUUGAAGUGGUGAUUAUCAGCCUGAGUACGUAAGGCAGAUUAUACAGUAGAGUUAACAUACUUCCCCCCACAAAAUACUAUAUUCUUGUAUUGGGAGUGUUGUAAACAAAAUCUGCCCUUUUUCCUUUAUGGGGUAUCCAAGAGCCCAUAUAGAGUCCUUACGUGGGUUCCCUGUUGGUAGGAGACAAUAACAGAGGCCAACCAGAGAAUAUUGAGAAGCAAAGCAGCUAGUAAGCCUGAUCUUUAUUGAUCUGUUGCAACAGGGUGCUCCCCUCUCAGCAGGAAAGGAGGAGGACCCAGAACAAAGGUGUGCCUGCCCUUAUAUAGACAUUUUAAAUUCCCUUGCCUGGAGCUCAAGACCACCCCUCCAUACAUCACACAUACAUCACAGAAGGGGUGUAACCCAAGACCACCCCCCACAAACAUCAUACCUACAUCACAGAAAAGGCGGUCUACAACAGAAAUUUGAAUGUUGUUGUUUUUCCUGUCUGCCAGGUUAUCUGAUAAUGCCUUAUCUGAUUGCCUUUCCUGGUAGUCUGUCACCCUUCGAAACGGUGAUUACUAAAUUCCUGUAACAAGGAAGGUUUUUUUACCUCCUCCCUCCUUGCAGAGAAACAUUUGGUCAGCUUGGGACUCAAAAUGGUUUCAGGACUGUCUUCCUGUGCUGCUUCAGACAUGUGUUUUAUAUAUUUAUGUACGCGUUUGCUUGGUACAUUUAUGAACAUUUAUUAUAUAUCUAAGACCUUAAAAUUCUUAUAACAGGAGUUACAAGCUCUAGAACUCACUUGCAAUACACUUGAUGGGAAAGGUUUUGCUGUGCAGAACUGCUCCCCAAUUUAGACUUCUAGUAACCAGCACAAAGGUGCCUUGUGUUGCAACUCCAUGCCUGAAAUUAUAUAGCUAAAUUCAAAUGGAUGUUAAUGGCUCUUGUCUUCUGUGUUGAAAUGUAUUCGGCCCCCACCUCUUAAAUAAAUGCUUUCCUUCUUUAAAAAAUAAAAUAAAAUUCCUGAGUCUCCUCAUGAAGCUGAUAGCGAAUGGUUCAGACUACCAGUUCAGCAUGUUCAUAAAAGAGCAUGGAAAUAUAUAGUUCAGGACUGUUGAUUUAUGCUUCUUUGCUGCACAAAGCUAUUAUAGUCUUUAUUGAGCAUUUCUUCUGAUACAUUUAUGUGGAGGCUGUUUGACAAUAAGCACUCAUUCUGAUUCGCUUGUAGGGCAUUUUUAAGUCUUCCCAGUAAUCUAAUCAUUCCAUGCUUUUCAGUGCCUCCCCUCCCAUCUCUCUU